UCGGGGAGACCAUGUGGCGGAGGGGCGUUUGCGGGGCCGGGAGCUUCCGCGCUUGUCUCCGUGCCCGAGGGAAUGGCGUCGUGGCCCAGGACAGUAAGCCACACAAGAGUUUUGGCACCUCUGCUGUCUUCUGGACCACGAAAGAUGAACAGCUUUCUCCACUCAACAAUGCUGACAAAAAGACUGAUGAUAAGAGUAAGGGGGCAGCAAAGCAAGCAACUGCAAAGAAGAACUUGCUGAACGUCCUUAGUGAAAUGAAAGUAGAAAUAAGUUCCAAGAAGACGUUUCAGAGGUUAAAAGCCCAGAAAACAAAGGACCAAACAGAGGACUUGCCAGAACGCAUGGAGAGCGCAAGCAGCAUGUUCCAGAAAGCUGCAGAAGUCAAAGCUAAGAGCAAGCCGCUCAGUCUGGAGCUCGUCGCCGCCGCCUCUGCCGUCGCUUCUUCUCUGCCACUGGACAAAAAAAGGACCGUUUCAGAAUUGCUUCAGCUGCUGAAAAAGCACAAGGACAUCACUGAGGCACGCAAAAGAGGAGAAACUGCUGACAUAAGCAACAUUGUUACAAACAUGAGGAUUGGAAAAAACCCUCCUACUCGGGAUGCCUUCCGGCCAUCCAAUCAGAUUCAGUUCGACGAGGAUGGACGAGGCUAUAUGAUUGAGAGAGGGGUUUCUCGUGAACUUACAGGGAUGAAAAGGAGAGGACUGUUUUCAGCAAAAAGGCUUAAUAUUUUCCCUGUUCCUCCUGCAACAGAGGGGGCUCUUGAAACAGUGACGAAACUGACCCUUUGGGAUGUGGAGCUCGCCAAAGAAAUUGCCGCCGUUGGUGAGCGACCCCCUCGGAAUGGUUUUGAGGAGAUGAUCGAGUGGACGAAAGAAGGAAAGCUGUGGGAGUUUCCAAUUAAUAACGAAGCAGAUUUUGAAGAUGACGCUGAAUUUCACGAACAUAUAUUUCUGGAGAAACACUUGGCAGACUUUCCUAAGGAAGGACCAAUUCGCCAUUUCAUGGAGCUCGUCUGCUGCGGACUUUCUAAAAAUCCAUUCCUGAGUGUGAAAGAAAAGGGGGAAUAUAUUGAUUGGUUCCGUAGCUACUUUAAAGAAAAGGAAGAGUUGCUUAAGGAAAUUGAAGCACAUGAAAAGGAAGCGCUUCUUGAAAGAGAGAAGCUAGCAGAGUGAAA